AUGUCUUCAUUUGACUUGGUGUGCCCUGAAGACGAUUUAUAUGACGAGUCUCUUUCAAAAGAGUCGCUCUCAGAAGCAGGUCAGGAUUCUUUAGAUACAAUGCUUGAGUUCAUACAACACAGCUCACUAUCUGUAGCUGAAGCAGCAUUUAAUCAAUUGACUCAAGGAGAGUAUGCCGGUAUUGAACCAUUGGCAAAUAGUUUCAGUAAGCCACAAGCUGGCUCUGAGAGGCUAUCAAGUGAAGAAGAAAAUGAAAUAUCAAAGGAAGACUUCCCUAACACAGAAACAAGUUGUGAAAGUGUGUCUCAAGAGGGUGGUCUUGAAGCAAAACACCAAAAAAACAAACAGAACAUUUAAAUCCUACUUGCACAAACAGUUACAAGAAGCUCAACAACAACUUGGAUGAAGUUAAAUCUGAAGAUGGAAAUGAUGUAUAUUCAUCAAACUCUCCAUAUUUUGAUGAAGCUCAAAAAAAGUCUGAUUCUUACUUAAGCAAUCAGGCAAAUGAAUGGGAACAUUUAGGUGCCAGACCAAAACAUAGACCCCCUAAAAAGUUCAAUAAUUCCCUAGACUCUUCUUCACCAGUUGACCUGAUUCCUCCACAAGUUGUAGAACCUGCGGCUCAUGGAGUACACAACCCAUUGUUGCCUGAACAUCUUGAAGACAAAAAGGUUGGCCAUGAGUACUGGGAGUGGAUGGCGAGUGAUGAAGUUGGUUUGCUAUCAAGGUUACCUGACACAGAAACAAGGGAAACUUUGAAAGACAUCCCUCAGCACACUCAGUUUUCCUUCCUCUUAGAUCAAAUUAAUGAACUAAAGGAAAAGGUAGAACAGCUGACUAAGGAGGUGAAGCUCCAAGAAGAGGAGAUACUAGCUCUUAAAUUGCAAAGACGUGAGAAGAAUAUUUUUCAGCCACAUACUGAAGAUAUUAGGGAGUGUGAGCCUUGUGCAACCAGAGGGUCAUCGUCUGACUUUUACCAUAAGAAAGGAAAUCUCCGUAAUGAGACGCAUCUGGUGGAUAAAUCAGGUGAGAAAAGUAUCACAUGCUUACUGCAGCAACUUCUUACUGCAUGCUCAUACAUAAAUGCAAACUCUCCUGGUCUACUGGAAAGUCUUGCAGAUCUAAAUGAGUCUCUUGGUCACCUAAUCACCUACUCUCUCUAUGUCCUAAGUUUAAAAUGUUUAGUUGGAUAUUUCUUCACCAACAAGGAAAUGAUGAAAUUUGUAAUGAAUAAUUGUAUAAAAUUUUGCGAAUUUUUUCCUCUUCUUUAUUACUUGCAUUUACCCUAGGGAGUAACAAUUUAACAAAAAUUAUUGUUUGUGACUUCAUGGUGAAGAAUCAUUGUUUCAUCUUAUAAAACCAUCAUAAGCAAACUAAAAAUGCAAUCUUGACUUGCUUUUCAUCAGUCAUCUGCUUUUCUGCAAGGUUGUGAUUUGAAGUUGCAAUUUACCCAUGAUUUAUAAAAAUUGCUAUAUUUUGUAUAAAAUUGCACAAUUCAAGACAGUAAAUAGGAAGUACUCACUUCUGCUUUUGUUCUUCAACAAUUGGAGAAAAUUUUCAAGGUUGUCCACCUUUCAGAAGAUUAAGCUUAAAAUUUGUCUGCAAGCUGGGCAUUGAACCAUAUAGUGGCAUUCAUGUGCAGUUUGUCAGUAACCUUGAGCUACUUUCUGAUAAAAAGUCCCAAUUGGCAAAAUACGAUUAAUUCUUUCUGUUAAUGGGCCAAUCUUAAUGAAACCAUUGACAUAUUUCCUGAUCAUUUCAUUUGAUCCCUUGAUAGUUGUGAUGUAAGAAUCAUGGAAAGAGAAAAGUAUUGCUGACUAUCAAAAAUGCUAUUAAGAAAUGUAUAUUACUGUGUUGGCUUUUGUUGUAACUUUAGUAACUUGAAAAAAGUGACUUUUGAGGAUAUGACUCAAUUAAAUUAUAGUUAACAUGACUGAAUGUGACAUCUUACAUGUAAGUUGUUUAAAUGAAAGUUCAACAAGUUAGCCAUAAGCUUACCUAGAAUUUGAAAAUUCUGACGUAAGAAAUGAUUUGGUUUAAAAUGUCCACAAGCUUUGAGAAAACCCUUUCAAGCCACCUUAAUGCUUUUCUAAAAAGUUAAUUAUUAAUCAUUAACUUUGCAUUGGUUAUUAAAUAACCUUACACUUGCUGCUCAUAUUUUUGCCUCUACUGUAGGUUCAUUUCGGCAUCAUAGACUUAUUGAAAUCUCAAAUUCCCUGUCAGAAUCAGAGUUACAAAGACUGAAAGGCCUGGUUCAACCAAAACUGGACAGCUUUAGACUUGCCAAGAUCAGGGAAGGUUCAGAAUUGUUUCAGGAAUUGGAAUCCAGAGGAGAAUUGUCAUGUACCUCUGUUCGAGAUCUUCUAGAAAAAAUCCAUCGGUUUGAUCUAGCAGAGAAACUUGGUUCUUCUUCUCAUGGCAGUGAUGAAUUAUCUGAAUGA